UGCCGCCCAGUGAUCACUUUGUUUGCUCGGAUCGGCGGUCUGUGAUUCUGGUGUAAGAAGGGAGGAAAAAGUGGAGGAAAGAGACAGAUUUGUUUGGCCUUUUUCUGUUUUUUUUUUUUCUUUGAGGAGAUGUCUCGGUACCACAAAGCGGCAAUUGAUGGAUACUUGGACCUCUUAAAGGAGGCCACAAGGAAGGACCUGAACACUGCAGAUGAGGAUGGCAUGACUCCCACUUUACUGGCUGCUUUCCAUGGACAUGUCGAUGCUCUUCAGCUCAUAUGCAGCAGAGAAGGAGACCCCAACAGGAGUGACAUCUGGGGAAACACACCGCUUCACCUUGCAGCAGGCAACGGCCACAUGCACAUCCUCAGCUUUCUGGUCAACUUCGGUGCCAAUCUGUUUGCUCUGGACAAUGAAUUCCACACGGCCAUGGAUGUGGCUGCCUCCCGUGACCGCAUGGACUGUGUGCGCUUCCUGGACGCCUCUGCCUCACAGCAGACCAACCAGAAUCCAAAGAAGGUGGCCACCCUAAAGAAGGAGGCCACCAAAGAAGCAGAGAAGCGUGUGAAACUCUGCGAGAAGGUGAAAAAGAGGCACCAGAGCAAGAUGGAUAAACUCCAACGAGGAGCAGGAAAUACUGGGUCUGUUUCAGAGGCCAGCAUGGCAUCAGGGUUCUCAAACGGUGGCAACAUAAACAGCGUCAAUGAGCAGUUCUCCAAGCUUAUAGCUGCUGAUAAGUCUGGCUCUCUUACAGCCAGGGUUAAAGGCACACUGCAGAAGAAGAUGGGGAAGAAAGAUAAAGGCACCCUGCAGAGAUCAGGAGGAGACGGAAAUGUCAUUUUCCUCAAACAGGAGGGGGGAGCCUCUGAAAACCCAGAGUUUCUGGAUGUCUUCAAUGAGCAGGAAGAGGACAUGAUGGGUGGCGAAGGAAUGACAGACUUUGAAGACUAUGAUGACAACGAAGAAUCUGGCCAAGUCAAACAGUCCAUCUUCAACCGGCCAGGACUCGGAGGUCUGAUUUUUAUGAAGAAGAUGGGGCUGGAGUCAGACGACAUCCCUGGUGGAACCAAUGAAAAUCUUGGUUUCCUCGUUCAGAACGAGUUAUUCGAUGCAGAAGAAGAUACCACUGGCCUAGGUGGGAAUGAUGAUGCCGAGCUGCCCUGGGACCAAGAAGAUCUGGGACUGGAUGAUGAUGAAGAUGAGGAAACCUCUCCUUUGGAUGCAUUCUUGUCGUCCAUCUCGUUGCCAGAGUUUGCUCCUGCAUUCAGCAAAGAGCACCUGGACCUGGAGGCGCUGAUGCUCUGCUCCGAUGAUGACCUGAAAGGCAUUCGCAUCCAGCUGGGACCAAGGAAGAAGAUCUUGGAGGCUGCCGCUCACAGGAAGCGCGCUCUUGAAAACCCUGGCAUAAUGAAGGACAGCUGCUUAUAAU